AUGAAUCAUCACAGUGACGUGCUGGUUAUAUGCAUAUCAGGACACUACGAUUGCUCCUUAUCGAACAGAUUUUCUAAAUCUAUUCGAUCAUUCUGCUCAAUGUUAAAAAACGAUGAGGUCUCAUCUUCAGACCCGGAUCCAGAAAAUAAAAUCCUGCUGGAACCUUAUGAGUAUAUAAGAACUAUUCCUGGCAAACAAAUUCGUCCGAAAUUGAUUAAAGCAUUUAAUUAUUGGUUUAAUAUACCUGAAGAGAAACUUGUCGUUAUUGGAGAACUCGUCGAAAUGCUUCAUAAUGCAUCGUUACUGAUUGAUGAUAUUGAAGACAAUUCAAAAUUACGUCGCGGCUCGCCUGUAGCUCAUAGUAUCUACGGCGUACCAUUGACAAUCAAUGCUGCCAAUUAUGUCUAUUUCUUAGCAAUGCAAAAAGCUCUCAUAUUAAAACAUAGCGAUGUGACACACAUUUUCGUCGAACAAAUGUUAGAAUUACAUCAUGGCCAAGGGAUGGAGAUCUGGUGGCGCGACAAUUUCGUGUCGCCAUCCGAAGAUGAAUACCGACAAAUGGUUAUAAGAAAAUGUGGUGGGCUAUUCAACUUAGCUGUGCGUCUCAUGCAAUUAUUUGCUCCUGUUGAAAUACGUAAUACAUACAAUUUCGAUAGAUUAUGUCAAUUAUUAUCACUUUUAUUUCAAAUACGCGAUGAUUACUGUAAUUUAAUAUCAGACGAAUAUACCAAUAAUAAAUCUUACUGUGAAGAUUUAACCGAAGGAAAAUUUUCUUUUCCGAUCUUACAUGCUGUGAACACACGUGAGACAGAUACACGAAUCAUUCAUAUAUUAAAACAACGGACACAUGAUAUGGACUUGAAACGUUACUGCGUGCAAUUGUUACAUGAGUUUGGUUCGAUUGAAUAUACACGUCAAACAUGUGAUGACUUAGCGAAACAAGUUUAUGACGAGAUUGAUGCUUUAGGUGGAAAUAAUUACUUAGAAAAUAUCGUUCAAGGCUUAAUGGAAGUAUUUCAACAUGACGAUGAACAAACUAAUGGUAAUGACGAAGAUGACGAUGUUGGAGACGAUGAUACAUUUGUGAAUGAUCAAAUCGAUGAUGAUGACGAUGUCAGUGAGAUUAAUGAUCAACAAGAAGCAACUAAACCUUAUAAACAUAUGACAACGAAAACAACGAAUUCGACGAAUGGUAGAUAUCAUACGUGA